AUGGAGAAUGGGCUAUUGAUGGGGGCAGUGUUUAUCGACCUGAAAAAGGCCCUCGAUACUGUUCCUCACAAUGGUCUUUUAAACAAGUUGUUUAGAUAUGGAAUUCAAGACCAGCCUCUCUCAUGGUUUGAGAGCUGUCUCAGAGAAUCUUCUCCACCAUGCACACCUUGGGGUCGUUACUGUUGGACUCGCCUCCUAUUUGGCAUUAGUUCAGCGCCUGAAAAAUUUCAACAACGUCCCCAUGAUGAACUCUAUGGAGUUGAAGGUGUUGUAAACAUUGCUGAUGACAUCAUUGUCAUUGGUCAGGUCGAUGUUGAGUAUUUUAUUUCAUCUGUGGCCCUGAAGGAGACCAUAAAUAUUGCGGAAAAAGCCGAAAAAGCCGAAAAUGCAGCAAAGAGAAAGGCCAUGUGGGCAAAUGGAUUUGAAGCUUCGUUGUAUGGGACAUGGGAUUUUUUGGCUGCCAAUGCAAGUCAUGAAACCAUGAGCAAAUUAAUGAGUAAUUAUAAGAGAGGCCAAUUUCUUCAGGGUAUUUUUGAGAGAGCCAUUAAUGAUUAUCGGAAGUCAGAAGAAGUUCUGAAACAGUCUUUGGCACUUAAAUAUCACAGUUAUUUGUCUAGAGGAAAGUACAAUCUUGUCUGUAAAACACAAAGUUCAUUUUUUAAUGCUGAAAAAGAGGUCUGGCUGCCAUGCAACAUUAAUUGUCUUGGAGUUGACUUAAGGUUACCCAAGCUCAGCUUCUCAGAUGACAAUGUUGACAACUUUGUGAAAAGUUUAGACAUUUGUCAUAUCACACAGAUCCCAGGGGUAUCAGAUGUUUCUCUCACAGUCACUGGCUUGGUGUUUAUGAUUAUAGCUUUGCACUUGAGGGUUCCCCAUCUUUCUCGUAAACUUGUCUGGUUCAAUGAAAAUGAAAAUCAUUUUAUUUUUCAGUUCUCAGAUGAUGGAGCUCCUGAAUCUGAAUCCUGA